AGCAGCGAAGCCACCGCGCCCCGCGCCCUCGGCGCUGCGACCCCCGGCUCCGGCCCGCAGCGGCUUGGCGGUUCCCGAGGCGGCCAGAGCCGGGCCCAGGACGGUGCGUCCGGCCUCGCCCCGCGGCUCCUCGCCCAGACAAGUUUGAACAAUGAUCACAGUCAACCCCGAUGGGAAAAUAAUGGUCAGAAGAUGCCUGGUCAGCCUGAGACCCUUUCGGCUCUUUGUCCUGGGCAUCGGCUUCUUCACCCUCUGCUUUCUGAUGACAUCUCUGGGAGGCCAGUUCUCUGCCCGGCGCCUGGGGGACUCGCCCUUCACCAUCCGCACAGAAGUGCCAGGCGGCCCCGAGUCCCGUGGUGCCCUCCGCAAGAUGAGUGACCUGCUGGAGCUGAUGGUGAAGCGCAUGGACAUGCUGGCCAGGCUGGAGAACAGCAGCGAGCCGCACCACACUGCCGGUGUCGCACACUUGGCUGCGGACAGGCUCAGCCCCGGGGCCAGCCUCAUUGAGAGGAUCCAGGCCAUUGCUCAGAAUGUGUCUGACAUCGCUGUGAAGGUGGACCAGAUCCUGCGCCACAGCCUGAUUCUGCAUAGCAAGGUGUCUGAAGGUCGGAGGGACCAGUGUGAAGCACCCAGUGACCCCAAGUUCCCUGACUGCUCGGGGAAAGUGGAGUGGAUGCGUGCCCGCUGGACCUCCGACCCCUGCUAUGCCUUCUUUGGAGUGGAUGGCACCGAGUGCUCCUUCCUCAUCUACCUCAGCGAGGUUGAAUGGUUCUGCCCCCCGCUGCCCUGGAGGAACCAGACAGCUGCCCGGACAGCCCCCAAGUCCCUUCCCAAAGUCCAGGCCAUGUUCCGGAGCAACCUGUCCCACCUCCUGGAGCUGAUGGGCAGUGGGAAGGAGUCCCUCAUCUUCAUGAAGAAGCGGACCCGGCGGUUCGCUGCCCAGUGGGCCAAGGCUGCCAAGGACCUGGCACAGAAGCUGGGGGAUGUACGAAGGGACCAGAAGCAGAUCCUUGUUCACAUCGGCUUCCUGACAGAGGAGUCUGGGGACGUGUUCAGCCCGAGGGUGCUGAAGGGCGGGCCUCUGGGAGAGAUGGUGCAGUGGGCAGACAUUCUGGCUGCUCUCUACGUGCUGGGCCACAGCCUGCGGAUCACAGUCUCCCUGAAGGAGCUGCAGAGUAACUUAGGGGUGCCGCCAGGCCGGGGGAACUGCCCACUCACCGUGCCUCUGCCCUUUGACCUCAUCUACACCGACUAUCAUGGCCUGCAGCAGAUGAAGCAACACAUGGGGCUGUCCUUCAAGAAGUACCGGUGCAGAAUCCGAGUCAUCGACACCUUUGGGACAGAGCCGGCGUACAACCACGAGGAGUAUGCCACACUCCACGGCUACCGGACCAACUGGGGUUACUGGAACCUCAACCCCAAGCAGUUCAUGACCAUGUUCCCUCACACCCCAGACAAUUCCUUCAUGGGCUUCGUGUCUGAGGAGCUCAAUGAGACUGAGAAGCAGCUCAUCAAAGAUGGCAAGGCCAGCAACAUGGCGGUGGUAUACGGCAAGGAGGCCAGUAUCUGGAAGGGCAAGGAGAAGUUCUUGGCCAUCCUCAACAAGUACAUGGAGAUCCAUGGCACUGUGUACUACGAGAGCCAGCGGCCGCCCGAGGUCCCUGCCUUUGUGAAGAACCAUGGCCUCCUGCCACAGCCUGAGUUCCAGCAGCUGCUGCGUAAGGCCAAGCUCUUUAUAGGGUUCGGAUUCCCCUAUGAGGGCCCAGCACCACUGGAGGCCAUCGCCAAUGGCUGCAUCUUCCUGCAGUCCCGCUUCAGCCCGCCCCACAGCUCGCUCAACCACGAGUUCUUCCGGGGCAAGCCCACCUCCAGGGAGGUGUUCUCCCAGCAUCCCUAUGCAGAGAACUUCAUUGGCAAGCCUCACGUGUGGACCGUCGAUUAUAACAACUCAGAUGAGUUUGAAGCAGCCAUCAAGGCCAUCAUGAACACCCAGGUAGACCCUUACCUGCCCUAUGAGUACACCUGUGCAGGGAUGCUGGAACGGAUCCAUGCCUACAUCCAGCACCAGGACUUCUGUGCAGGUCCAAGCCCAGUCCCACCAGGGGCCCGCACCUCCCAGAGUCCCUUUGUCUUAGCUCCCAAUGCCACUCAUCUCGAGUGGGCCCAGAACAUCAGCUCGGUUCCGGGAGCCUGGCCCCCAACCCACUCUCUGCGAGCCUGGCUGGCAGCCCCUGGAAGGGCCUGCACGGACGCCUGCCUGGACCACGGGCUAGUCUGCGAGCCUUCAUUCUUCCCCUUCCUCAACGGCCAAGAUGCAUUCCUCAAGCUGAAGGUGCCCUGUGACAGCACAGAGUGGGAGAUGCAUCACUUGUACCCCGCCUUCGCCCAACCUGGCCAAGAGUGCUACCUACAGAAAGAGCCGCUGCUCUUCAGCUGUGCCGGCGCGAGCACCAAGUACCAGAGGCUCUGCCCUUGCCGUGACUUCCGCAAGGGCCAGGUGGCCUUGUGCCAGGGCUGCCUGUGAGGCUGGACCGCCCCGCCCGCCACCUGCCCAGCACCUGCCCACCUGAGGUUGGCAAGCACCAGCACUUUCGUGAGCUCCAGCCAUGCUCACUGAGCAGUCUCCUGGCUGCAGCCUCCCCUGGCCAAGGGUGGGAAGAGGAGACUGAGGAGCUCCAAACCCACAGCUCCGUCCUAGGGGGCUCCUUGCUUCACCACAGGACUUGAGGCCACACAGGUGGGCUGACCUACCUGUCCAGCAGGCCCCGGAGUGUGUGAAUGGCAGCCCCUCAAUUUCUGGGGUCUGGACCAGUUAGAGACAUGGCCCUGGCCAUCCUUGGGCCCAGGAUAGGCUUUCUGAUCCACAAGGCUGGAAAUGUGGCCGUGUUCCCAGAGUGGCCAAGGGCUGGGAGACAGACCACACCCAUACUUGCUGUGAGGGCCACACCCUCUUACGAGGCAACAAUUUAUGCAGGGCCAGUAUGGCCCCCUGAAGUUGUACGGGGUGAAAAAGGACAGAGAACUCAGGGAGGCUGGCAGGGGUGGGGGAAUCUGCCCUCCUCCUAGUCCCCCCUCCCUGUUCCUCACUCCUGCUUCCUCCAGUGGGCUUCACUUUGGGACACUUCUGAGACCCAGUUCUGGCAUGACCUGGGACUGGUCCACAGUCUCCAUCUCUGCUCCCUCCAGGGGCCAUCUCCAGUCUAACCUCUGAUAACAGGCCCAGAUCCCACCACAGCAUCUUCUGCAGGCUCUGACCCCACAUCCAACCCUUCAGCGUCUCAUGCUGGCCGGGCUGGGCUGACAUUUCACCCAUGGUACUCUCGGCUCCACCAGACCUCCCAUGGCUCCCACCCAUCUAGACCCUGUCCUUGCCCCAUCCCCCCUGCUUCCCCAGCCUCAGGACACUCAGACUUCAGUACCCAUCUCUGUGUGGCAUGCCCACC